AUCAUCAUGAACUCUCAGUAAGUCUCACGACGGCACACCAGCAACAUGCUGUGCGGGAAACAUUUCGCGAGUUUGAUGCGGACCGGCGGCGGUCGGCGCAGUCUGUCCACGGAUCGGUUGGAAAAGUUCAAGAAAAUCAACUACGGCAAGAUCGGCAUCGUGGGGGUUCCUUUCGAGAAGGGUCAGCGCAAAAAGGGCGUUGGGCUGGGACCGAAAGCCAUCCGUGAGGCUGGACUCAUCGACAGUAUACAGGAAAUAUCGAACAAGUUGGACAUCCGCGACUACGGCGAUAUUCAGUAUGAAGCGUUGAAUCUGCAAGGUCGGUUGGCGACGAACAUGAAGAAGCUGGAACAUGUGGCGAGUUGCACAAAGUUGCUCUCGCAGCGGGUGACACAGGUGUUGAACGAAGAUCGACUGUGUUUAACGCUGGGAGGCGAUCAUGCAAUCGCGAUCGGAUCGAUCGAUGGUCAUCUGAAGCACUGCAGUGACGUCGGUGUGAUUUGGGUUGAUGCGCACGCCGAUUUGAAUACGAACUCCACGUCUCCGUCGGGGAACAUCCACGGAAUGCCUGUGGCUUUGCUGGCAAAGGAACUGGCUGACUAUUGGCCGUACAUUCCGGGGAUGGAUUGGCAGGAGCCGAUCAUUUCGAUUAAGAAUAUGGUAUACAUUGGGUUACGAUCGGUUGAUCCGUACGAGCGGGUGAUCAUUGAGAAGUUCGGAAUUCACGCUUUCGGAAUGCGAGAGGUGGAAAGAUACGGAAUUAAGGAUGUUAUGAGGAUGGCACUGGAGCGGAUCGAUCCGGAACAGAAAAGGAGUCUGCACGUGAGCUACGAUAUCGAUUCGCUGGAUGUUCUUGAAGCCCCAAGCACAGGGACCGGGGUUCGAGGUGGUUUAACGCUGCGAGAGGGAAUUUACAUCAUGGAGGAGGCUUAUAACACCGGUCGAUUAGCAGCCGUUGACUUGGUCGAAGUAAAUCCAGGUGUUGGAACUGCAGAUGAUGUUAGGAAAACUUUGGACGCCGCUAUUCAUCUUCUAGUGGCAGCAUGUGGACACAGUAGAAUAGGAGACAUUGCCGAUAUGGUGGAUCUGAUAAAAAAGUGAGUUUGUGUGAAUAAAGUGACCUUUGUGAGUUAUCCA